AUGUAUUUAAAUACACUUCAGGUGAAGGUCAAAGCUCACGAACUUCGAGGGAAGAAAAAAGAAGAUCUUCUAAGGCAGCUCGAUGAGCUGAAGAAUGAGUUGGCCUCCUUAGAAGUCGCCAAGGUUACUGGAGGGGCUGCAUCCAAGCUGUCCAAAAUGUGAGUUGAAAUGAAUUAAUAAACCAAUGCUAAGUUGUUAAACCAAUAGUGACAACAUGAUUUUUUCCAAAACUGUCUCUGUUUGAAUUCCAAAACCUUUACUUAUUUCUACUCACAUUAAAGCUAGAUCUUAACUGUGAAAACAUGAUAAAAUUGUUCAUUACUAAAUGAUUUCCUACACCCAAUUUACUAUUGCUGAAAAUAGAUUUACAAGAGAGUAAUGCUCUGUGUGCAUGAUUAUAGACUUUCUGGAAGUCUAGCAGCAGUUGAUUUUCUCAGUGCCAUAAAACACAAUUUUUGGGCAGAUGGAAGUUUCCUAGAGUCAGUUUAAGUCUGAGGUGAAGUGAAACAGGCAUCCCUUAAUUAUUUUUGCCUUCAUUUAAAUGCCUAGUACAUUCCCACAACUGUUAUUAAAUGUUUGUCAAUUGUUUUAAGCAAUUAUGCUCAAUUUCCAACGUCAUUGGAAUUAGUGAAAAUUAGAAAUGUUUGUUAUUAUUUGGAUGCACAGUGUCCCAAUCAAGUUGAAAUUUUUUUAUAUAUAUUGGAACAUAAUUGAAACGUAUGUUUGAGAAAUGAUGGAGAAAAAGUUAAUAAAGAUCCAGUUGUUUGAAGGCAGAUGUGUGCUAACCCAAGGUUAAAUUUCAGUCUGGGUUUCUUUAUUCCUUUGUUCAAAAGCCUCUAUGGGAUAAUUUUCUAUAUUCUCUUUAAGCAUCCAAUCAUUAAUUUUAGAAAAGGAGAGUUACACUGAAUUUUUCUUUGAAGCUUUCAGAUCUGAAAUCAGAUUUCACACUAACCCUGGGUUAUCUUAACCCAGCUUUAACCAAUCAGGUGCAGAUGUUAGCUGCUUAUAGAUUGGCAUCUAGAUACAUAACAAGUUAAUGAUUUUGGCUGUGUUUCAUUAUGAUCAUGAUGCUAGUGGAUUGAUUUAAAACAAAUUAUUUAAUGGUACAGAUCAUAAAAAGGCUUUAAGAAGCAUGAUUUUGUUCCUUGAAUAUAUGUUUUUUUAGUCUUGUGAGACUCUCCUUGAUUUCUUUAACUGGCAAACACUAUUAUCAAACUACUAAGAACUAUUGUAAACUUUGUUGAUGAUUUUUUCAGAGUUAUAAAUUCCUAACUAGGAAUAUGUCUCUUUGCAGAAAACUUGUUCGCAAAUCCAUUGCUCGAGUUUUGACUGUUAUCAGCCAGACUCAGCGUGAAAACCUGCGCAAGUUCUACAAAUCCAAGAAGUUUAAACCUCUUGAUCUCAGACCCAAGAAGACACGUGCCAUGAGACGUGCUCUUACUAAGCAUGAGGCAUCCCUUAAGACCAAGAAGCAGCAGAAGAAACUCGCACACUUCUCAUUGAGAAAAUAUGCUGUAAAGGAGUAACUUUCUGCUUUUCAAUAAAUGCCAUGUAUAAAUAACAAGAGAUAUUGUUUUCUUGGUUUGUGUUUUAAGCCAGUAGUUAAAGUUUUUCUCCUUGGGAAGUGCUUUUAUAAAAUGUUAUUCUAAGGAAAACACAGUAAAAAAAAAUCUGCCAACACCAUGAUUGCUUGUAAUUCAUGUUAAAAUGCUAUCUAUUCCUUGUAACUCAAUACUUCAGUACCAGAUACUUUUGCUAAAUUCGACACUGUCCUUGUUAGCAGGUUAAGUUACUGCCACAAGAGUAAAAAGGCUCCUUUCAUCAAACACUAGUUCUUAUUGUCAUCUUUACUACAAGCCACUUGUCAUGUUAUGGGUAUUUUUGGGAAUUAUAACAGAUAUGCCUUCAUUUCAGGCCAGAAGUCUCCAUCUCCAGCAAGAGAAAUUUCUCUGAUCUCAAAAUUUUUUACAGAGGUGUCAAGAAGCUUGAGAUAGCUAUGACCCAGCUUUACUUAGGUUGUAAUGGAAAUGUAGGCGGAAUGUCAAACCGUGGCUGUUUUUCAGGUGUUAUGGUCAGCUACUGUUAAAUAAUGGGUAUUUUUGAUAGAUUGACCAUAGAGUCAAAGUUUGCAAAGUGAAAAUUUCCCCUCAAAGUUAUUUUUUUUUCACUUGGGAUGUCUCCUCCAGAGCAAAAGUGGCCUUUACUCACUAACACACGAUGAGAGAGAAAACUUUUUUCCUCCCUGGAGACAGAACCUUCUGGUGGAUUGAAGAGAGAAUCUUGGGAUGGAGUUUUUCAUCCAGGGCAAUUAUCUACCUUCAAUCCACCACAUGGACCAAUGCUUAGUAAUCAUGUUUACCUGAAUUGAUUGGCUCAUGAUAAAUUCACUAUAGUAAGAGAUUCAGGUAAGGCUACUGGUCUGCCACUCAUUUGUAUUCAUGAUUUUAUCUCUGAAUAUGAUGUAGUUAUCAUGAUUCUUAUUGACUGAACAGGGUAUUUAUGAAUAGACUUUGAACCUUUGCAGAAUGAAAUCAUUUAAACUUCAUGGCUAGAUUAGUGUCUCCUGGCUGACAAUAUUCUUUACCUCUAAAUGUAUGAUGACUGAGGAAACCUUUGUACAAGAAUAUCUUAGUAACCACAUCUUCAAUUUUUGCCAGUGUGACCUCUGGUAUUGCUACUUAGCACUCCAUGAUAGGAGUGAAAUCAUGGUUUGUCCAUGUUCAGUCACAAAUCACCAUUGAGGCUCUAAAGUGCAUGCAUCAGAGUACAUUUUCUUCAGAGAGGCUUCAAGAAUUAGUAAAAAGUGUGCAAUAUUGUGUGAAGGGG